AUGCCUCCAGCUACACCGCAACCACAACCGCAUCAACAUCAGCAUCAGCCGCAGCAGCAACAGUCUGGGCAACUUCGCCGCAUGACAUCAUUCACACAGCGUUUCCGAAGCAGCAAACCCGCGUCCACGGCAGCACACGUCGAGUCCGCGACGCAGGCACAGCAGGACCAAACUCGCCCACGAACAUUCUACGUGCCCACCCACGCAGCAUCCAGUUUCGCGAGAACCGUCUCCCCGCUGUCAAGGACUCGUAUCGACGAGAGGGACGAGCUGGAGCAUGCAUGUGAGGAACCGAGCAGACCAGCAAGCGGACUCGGCACGCGCUCCACACCCAGGAAGAACCAUGCUCAUGCUCACGCUCGCACCAACAGCACUCCUUCAACCAACAGCAUGAACCCUGUCGCCGUUAGAAAUGACAGCUCUGAUCCUGUGCCCUUGCAGCGGGCCAGUACCACCCGCAAAAGUGACCUGGAUACAUCGUCGUCAAACGACUACGCUACCUUUCUCGCACAGGCACAGGCGAAUGACCGCGCUUUUCGCACGCGAUGGGCUCAAAGGGAGAGGGAGCGCGAGCGCGAAUGGGCAUCGAGUCAUCUGGCUGGACUGCCGCAGAGCUUCAAGGGCACGCAGCGUGACAGUGCAUAUUACUCGGUUGGAUCGUUGUCGCGGAGCAGCAUGAGUGGGAGUGGGCCGCAGAAGCAGCAGGUGGUUCAUGAGCGCUUUUCUGCACCUAUUCACGGUGACAGCACCCCGCGGACGCUGAAUCAGAAACCGAGCAGGACGUUGGGGAGACGGAUUUCUGAAUAUUUCAAACCUACUCCCGAGGGGGGUGUGACAGUCGCAUGA